GGAACAGCAGGUAUGUGGGUUUCGCUCUGUGCGCAAAUUCAUCACUGCCACCAAGCGCGAUGCUGCAUUAUUACUCCACCGGGUUCGUUCGCACCGUCUGGACCCCAGCGGACUCGAACCGCGCUUUGUGUCUGCCGCAAGUUUGGCGUUUUAUUCGCAAACCCCGUGCACAUGUUCGUCGCAUGUCGGCGCGCGUCGUUGUUCUCUCACAUGUUGCAUGUGGUCUACAAGCGCCUGCUUCAAAAUGACGUUAGAGCAAAGAAGAAGUCACAAUGGGCCUGUUACACUUUAUCACACUGCAUUGCGAGCAGGGACACAAAGACCGAGUUAGACGCCGCGUUUUAAGUGGGGCUUAGUGCUUUCUAACGUUGUAUUUCAUUGUGCUCCAGUGUGAAUUAAUUACUUACUCUAAAGGGCAGAUCUGAAGAUUUGAUAGCCAUAAAGUCAAUUGAUUAUGUCAUUACUCACUCACAGUAGAGUGAAAGGAGUGGCACAAUACCUGCACCCAGCAAGUUGUUAUUGAUUCCUACAAAAAGUUAAGGAUAUAGUUAUUAGUCAGUUAGACAUAUACUCCCAAUAUUGAUCCCAUGGCGUUUUACUUUCAACGCUGAUGUGUUGUAUACUGUAAGGGUCAUCUGCCAUUUAAAUGUGCACAUUCAUGAACUCUGAGCUCCCAUUGAAAAUGAUUUAUAUAUCAAUAAAUGUUUUACAAACUCACCCUUCACCCUAAAAGCUUCUGGGCUCCUGGUGUGCUACCACCUGCAGCUGUUUGUGUUUGUGCUACACUCUGACAGGGAAGCGAAAGCACAAAUGGUUGGAGACGGGAAAAAAAUGAAACCAGGGGAGACAGAAACACAGACGGACAGAUUGAGGGGAUACGACGGAUGAAGAGUGGCAUAUAGCAAUCUGCCUUAUAGGCUGCGGGGGAAUUCAAAAAAAGGGCAGCGAUAGAGCAGAAAGCUGCGAGUGCACGGGCGUUGAGGAAGCGGGGCUGCAGACAGCAGUCUGGGCCCGUGUGAAUGGUUUCCCUGUUAUCCCCGCUGUCCACACAGACAGCCACACAGCAGCCGUGUGAGCAGGUGCUAACCCCACCACACAGCGACCGCGGGGAACAACAGGUGCAGCCACUGUUUCCCCCGGCUUCCCCUUUGGAAGGCAGUCUAACACUUGUCCGUCCCCAACACAAAGCGAAGCCAAAGCCCCCCGGACCCCAAAACGCCCGCGGCCUCGGCCCAACGGGGAGGGAAGCAAAUGGAUACUUCAAUCUGCGUUUAGGAAACCAGCAAGGAAACGGCCAGGCUUGAGUAAUUCAAUUAUAAAAUUAAUUAUGCCGCGAACAAAGUUGGGAGCACUUGAAGCAAUAAGGCAGAGCAGACUGCAGGUAAAAGCAAUCUAAGGGCGCCUCGGGGUGAGACAACUGCCCACAGGGGCCUUUAAUGAGCUCUAUUGAUCACCGAGGACCCUAUUCGAUCACACGUGCUAAGCCACAAACGCAGCAUCUCGAGCGCGGAGGAAGGAAAAAAAAAAUGUUGAUUGGGCUGCGACAUAAUACAGUCUGCCCACAAAGAGAGUAGCAGCCGAUUAGAGCGUUGGGGUUGCUAGGGAGCACGUUCCUCCAAAUGUGUAGCGCGGCAGCGUGACAUCUGUGAUCGGCGCAGAUUCAACAGACAGAAGAUGUUGGAAGGAGAGAGAUGUUACCUAAGCGCUUCUCUCUCCCCAGCGCCAAGAGACUACGUCAAGCAAUCUGCGACAAAUUGCCUCUCUUUGCCUCUGGUACAAAGCGAGGAACAUUGACUGGCUCGCUCGCUGCUGCGCUGAGCUGCCCUGAAGCGUUGCAUGUGUGCUGCUGCUGCCAUGGCGACCGUGGCACCUCCCCUCACAUUUCUUCUCCUGCUGCUUCAACUGGCGGAUGGCUCGUUCCCAGAGGAGCCCAGUCCACUCAGCUACAUCCCCGUGGAGGUGGUGAGGCGGUACCCAGUGUUCCUGGGCAGACCCCACCGUUCGGCGCCGCUACAGGAGCUCCACAUCCAGACGGUCCUCCAAGUCAACCGCACGCUCUACAUAGGAGCCAGAGAUGACUUGUACAGAGUGGAGCUGGACAACAUGGCUGGUGAUGAGAUGUUCUACAGCAAGAAGCGCACAUGGGAAUCCAAUAGGAACGACAUUCGAGUGUGCCGGAUGAAGGGCAAACAUGAGGGGGAGUGCCGUAAUUUCAUCAAGGUCCUGCUCAGCCAGCACGGCGGCCUGUUCGUGUGCGGCACCAACGCCUUCAACCCGCUGUGCGCCAACUACACUAGAGACACCCUCGAAAUGGUGGCUGAGCCCAUCAGCGGCAUGGCCCGGUGCCCGUAUGACCCACGGCACGCGAACGUGGCAUUGUUUGCAGACGGAAGCCUCUUUACCGGUACCGUGACAGACUUCCUGGCCAUCGAUGCGGUGAUCUACCGGAGCCUCGGCGACAGCCCCGCGCUCCGCACAGUCAAACAUGACUCCAAAUGGUUCAGAGAGCCCUACUUCGUGAGCGCCAUGGAGUGGGGGCCUCAUAUUUAUUUCUUCUUCAGAGAGAUGGCCAUGGAGUUUCAUCAUCUGGAGAAGGUGCUCCCUGUUUUUCCUUUCUCGCCCCUCGAGCGUCUUCCUGCUCCUUCGGCGCCAGACUCUCUCUCGUUCCCCUCCUUCCAGGUGAUGGUGUCCCGUGUGGCUCGCGUGUGCAAAUCGGACCUCGGCGGCUCCCAGCGCGUCCUUGAGAAACAGUGGACCACAUUCCUGAAGGCGCGACUCAACUGCUCCGUCCCGGGAGACUCGCACUUUUACUUCAACCUCCUCCACGCCACCAGUAACAUCAUCCACAUGCAAGGGCGAGACGUGAUCCUGGGGCUCUUCUCCACGCCACCGAACAGCAUCCCGGGCUCCGCCGUGUGCGUGUUCGACAUGCAGCAACUCGCUCACGUGUUCGAGGGUCGGUUCAAAGAGCAGAAGUCGCCAGAGUCCAUCUGGACCCCGGUACCGGACGAGGCGGUGCCUAAGCCCAGACCUGGAGGAUGUGCCGUGCAGGGGUCCAGAUUCAGCUCCUCCACCACGCUGCCGGAUGAGGUGCUGAACUUUGUGAAGACCCACCCGCUGAUGGACGAGACGGUUCCACUGCUGGGACAUAGGCCGUGGGUGGUCAAGACCAUGGGGCGGUACCAGCUGACAGCCAUGGUGGUGGACACGGAAGCCGGCCCCCACAAGAACCGCACCGUGUUGUUUCUGGGUUCGACCAGAGGAACCAUCCUCAAGUUCCUAAUGGUUCCCAGUGGGGACUCCAUGUCCCACAGCAGCGUGUUUCUGGAGGAAGUGGAGGGAUUUAACCCAGAGAAGUGCGGAGAAGACUCGCCGCAGGCUCGUCAGCUGCUGUCUCUGACCCUGGACCGGAGCAGCCACACGCUGCUGCUGGCCUUCCCGUCCUGCCUGGUCCGGGUCCCCACGUCCCGCUGCCACCUGCACUCCCUCUGCAUGAAGAGCUGCCUGGCCUCCAGGGACCCGUACUGUGGCUGGACCCGAGGCAGCGCCUGCUCCUUCCUGAGACCUGGGACACGGCUGCCCUUCCAACAAGAUGUGGACUAUGGAAACGCCACCUCCCAGCUCGGAGACUGUGAUGGAAUUCUGCAGCAGAGUUUGCUGAUCGAACCGGAGAGCCUGGUCUCCCUCAACCUGCUGGUGGCGUCGGCCGUCUCGGCUUUCACCAUCGGGGCGGCCCUGUCUGGCCUCGCCGUGUGCUGGAUCAUGGCCCACAAGCCCGCCAACCAUCGCCACGGCAACGCCUCCCAGUCGUCCAUCCAGCGGCGCGACCGAGGCCUGCUGAGCAGCAGCGGCGGAAUGGGAGGGUCCGUGCUGAGCGUGACGCGGCAGGGAGGUGGCGAGCGCUCCUGCACUCAGGGUGGGGAAACCCUGUUUGUGAUGCCCAACGGCUGGGUGAAGUCGGGGGAGCUGGACCCCGGCUUCCUCCCCACCCCGGAGCACACGCCCCAGCAGAAACGAAGAGGACUGCGCCUGUCGGACUCCAACUCCGGAGGGUGGGACACCAGCCAGACCUACCUGGGAGGAGGCUCUGUGGGUCUGGGAUCCCCCUGCCGCAUCCCCCCCUCCGUCUACCUGACCACCAGACUGUUCCAGCAGGGGGGGGGAGGGAGGCACGGCGGCGAGGGCCGCGGAAGCGACCCCCCACGCCAGCACUACGUCUGCCUGAGCAAGCAAGACAAGGGAGGGAAGGGGACGCCCAAAGCUCCGCUCCGGAAGUCUGCAGGGGAGUACGUGUAUCCCAUGACCCCCCAAGACUCCCCUGAGCGUCGGAGGGUGGUCUCUGCCCCCAGCGCGCCCAUGGACUACGGCGAGCCGCUGCCCCUGCCUCUGCGCUGGCCGCCCCACGAAGGGUACCUCCUCAGCAGCCACGGCAUGGUGCCCGUCCCCCUGCCUCCCCCGGCCAUGCCGGCCCCCAGCAGCCAGGCCUACGUGUCCCAGCAGCACACCCCAGGGCUGAGCAGGGCUCUGCUGAGGGGGGCCCUGGAGCGGGGGGAGCUGGGGGAGCUGGUGGACCUCAGCCAGCUGAUGAGUAAGAAGAACUGCAGUGACAGGACUCAGGCCGGCCAGUGACUUUAGAGGAACUGAAGGAGACUUUCCAUGUCCGGAGCGCUCUGUUUUUAAUCCCACAGGUCUGUCUAUCAUCCUCUUCCCUUCUUUCCCUCCUACAUCCUUAUUUUACUGUCAUUCAGCCAUUCCGAUCCCCCUCUGCCUGUCUCCCAGGCGACCCCCCCCCCCCGCCCACGAUGACUCAGCCUCUCAUUAUGACUGGCUGCUGGGUCUGCCACUCACAUCAUGGCUCAUACUAAUUGGUCCGAUGGACUGAGGUUGUUGCUGUGUCUGCAUUGCAGAGCCUCACUCUCCUGGUACUCGGUGGCAGCAGGAGGAGGGAGGAUGGAGGCUGGGGAGGAAUGAGCUGAGGACACGCACGGAGACAAAGAUGGACAUAGCACUUAGAAGCUGUCCUCUGCGCAGAGCCAGUCAAACACUGCUGCGGGAGGACGCCGCGUUUCCUCUUGUAUAACAUUAACAAGCCUGCCGCCCAUCUGCUCCAUCCUCCAUCACCUGUUGGCCUGAUUGCCAACUAGGUGCUUCAAGUGAAAUUGCUCAUUUUAAGCAUCACAAAUGGACACUUAACUGAAUGUCUGACGCUCUAGGUGACUCAUCAGAGACAAACGGAAGCGAUUCUGACUCCAAACACGAAUCUAAAGGAAAAUGAGGCAACAUAAAUUCCUUCCUUCGGUUUCUUCUAGUUUCACAGAAACGGAGGACGUUAAUAAGCAUUUGUACAGGAGGGUAUUUACUAUGUCAUUGACACGAGUGGAGGGAUGUGUGCCAAAUGCUUCUCACCUGUCUCACAGGGAUAUGGGACUGGAACUUGCAUCAUGGGAGAGCAGAGGACUGAGAUGCGAAGUGCAUGAUCUCUGCCCGACGUCUGUCCCAUGAGCUCUUCACUGACCAAUAACCACAAGGACAGAUGUUUCACCACAGCGCUGGACUGAAAUAUUACACAAAACAGAACUGAAAGAAUGUACAGGACGACCAGGACGUCCACCGCACUGUAUAUAUAUAUACCGCCCUGUCCUUAGGGGUUUUUUACUACACAUAUACAGUCAUUUGACUUUUGCUGCGUUGUAAAACACGGUGUGUGGGUGAAGGUCCCAGAGAAAUAAUACUGAUUGUAACAAAGUGACAGUCACACCGAGUCACACUGAGGACCCAGUGGAGGUUAUGAAAAGGGUCCCAGCAGGCAGAUGGGCCCAUUGUGGUGUGAUACCAGUGAUACCAGUAUGGCUGGGAGGCGUCAUCGAGGAGAGGACAGGAGGAUAGAGGAAGCAGAGCAACUUACUGACAUUGUAAUGAGCAGCAAUAUAUGGUUUAUCUGUACAUAGCAAACUUUGAUUAAGAUUAAACGAUAACGUAAAGCAAACAGUAACAGUAAAAAAACAACACACCAGGCUUUAGCUUGCGAACAAAAAUAAAUAUUUAUCACGUCCUGAUAACUGCUAAUAUAUGAAACCCUGUUUUCAUACACGUUUUCUAUCACCGUCCUUCGAGAUUGAAAUCACAGCGGCGCUACUGUGAAUUUUACCAGUGUCUUUUAACGUUUGUGUGCCAAAACCCCACCUGAGGAAUGAUUUACCGCUGCCUGAUUACAGAAGCAAAAAAAAAAAAAAAUAGCCGAGAGAACUUGUUUCAAAGUGCCAUGAAGCAGCCCGUUCAGGCCACAGAGCGACUGUGGCGUCGCCGUUCUUGCAGUAACUUUUGACACGAAUGCCUUUGAUUUGACUCGCUGAAUAUUUCAUGUUUCCCAUCUAGACGUUGGCUUGUACUGUUCCAACCAUUUCUCGGCUCCCUCCGUCCGGACGCUGCCGACGCUGAACGCUACUGUGACACAUCGCGCCAUAGUUGUGUGCUGUAAAUACGCGCGAGCGACCGCCGCGAACCACGUUUGUACUGUAAUGUCGUUUCCCGCCCAUGCGAUGACGCGCGCGGCGUUCGCGCCACAAAAGUUGAUGUGUAAUGAUGAUAACCUAGCGGCUCAUAAGCGAACCUCCCCUUGGACUGAGACGCUGUGAGGGAACACUGUGUAUCUCAUUUAUUUUUUUGUGUUGUGCUGUCGCGUGAUUCCUCCGACUGUCAUCACCAACCGACUGCCAUUCUGCAGGAUCAGCGUCCUGGUUUAAUGAAUGUACUCAUCCCCCUUCUUUGGUUUGUUUUGCUCAUUAUCGUGUGCCGUUAAUAAGGAAAAGCACAAACAACCUGUUUUUGUGUCUUGCAUUGCUGAAGGAGUCCUGUGUCCUUUGUGAAUAGUGUAAGUAAUCACGCAGAUGGUUUAUUGUGUCCGUCUGGAUCUGGGAGGAUCUGGAGACAGGAUUGUGUUUGAAGUGUGAGCGUUCUUUUUUUUCUGUUCCCCGGUAACAAUGCUGUGAAUAAGAUGUAUGUACAGUAUUUACGUGAUUUUGACGGACUGCUGAGUUCAGCUGCUUCCUGUUAUUAGAGUAGAUUUGCAGGCCUGAUCUCAGCUGGAUCGGAGGCUUCUCGUUUUGACUGAUGCCUGCUCGGUUUUUUGCAGUUGCUAAGAUACUGCUGUUAUAAUAACCAUCCAUCUUUGGAGUACUGCUAUUAAAUGGCAUUAUAUAAUUGA